AUGGCCUCAGUGGAUAUAUGUGUAAACAAAGGAAAGUUGUUUUGGAAACUGAGAAGUAUAAUACCCACUGGUCAUUUUAGGGAGGGCAGCUGAGACAUUAUAUGAUCAGUACAGUACUAUUCGUAUUCGUUAAAUCUGGAAAAUACAGACAAGAUAUCAGUUUCUAAAAAGAAAAAGAAAUAAAGGAGGAAAAAUAUUAGGAAAAGGCACCAAAAAUCAAUUCUUUAAGACAAAAAUUGCACCUGUGGAGGAUUCCUGUUUGUAUAAAGUCUGGUUAAAGUCAACAGCAGGCUGUGCAGCAGGAUACAAAACAUAGAAGUCUUGUUAGGAUUACCUAAGAGAAGUUUUGUCAAGGCAAAGAGUAUGUACACUAGAGCAAGGUGCCAGCAAACUAUAUAAGUAAGUGUCAUGCAAGGUAAUAUACACACAAAAAAACACCUCUUUUUCCUCAAUUGUCUGUAUGCUGGUGAUUUAGUGUAGCCACUCGACUGGCAAUUCACAGGAAGGCAGAUACAAUCCUAAUUGCUUUUAUCUCACGACAAAUCUCAGACUUCUGGGGUAGAUCGUUGCUGGGCUGACUCAGUAAGAAGUCUCUGUUUAUAUCUGAUGGUAUAUUAGUGAGAGAGCAGACGCACUGGUGGACACUUGUUUGGCUGCAGCAGGCACAGAAGUUGACCAGUAGUGGACAGCACUUGCUGUGACUGGAUUUAGGGCAGACUGACCUGCUACUGACCAUAUACCGCUGACCUGAGAGUGGACAGCUGGACACAGAGAGAGAGGACAGAGUCAAGGUGCUGUAACCAGUGGAUCAGCACACCUGUAACUGAGCCAUUCACUUUCCAUAUGUGUAUAAGGAACUUUUACUUGGCUGGUUCUCUGUAGCUGUCAUCACUUGUGGGACUUCACACACGCUGUGUCUUUGGGUUGUCUGUUAAGAGGUCUCGGUGGCAGGCGCCUUUGUUUAUUACACCUGUGCGUUUUUCCCCAGAGCAAUAAGUUCCUUUGAUAUGGCCGUGGCAACAAAGAAAGCAGUGAUGGCAUUUUUGAUGCUUACGUUUGUUGCAGGUUUUGCAAUAAAAGCCCAUUGUGAAGAGACUACAGCAAACACAGUGGACAAAGCUCUGUUUAUAGACUCAUUGUUUGAGGCCCUCAAUGUCACCACAGAGAAUGGUACACUAUCUGAGGAAGCAUUUGAAGCUCUCCUUACAAAGUUGAAAAUCGGCGCUGUGAGUGGAGGAGAGACAGGUACCAUUGUCGAAGGAGGUGGUGGUCACGAUGGCCAUGACCACCGCAGAAAGAAACGAGACACCCACAGCUCACCGCUGCAGAGAAAGAAGAGAGCAACUGGUGACCCUACGACUUCUCCCUCUGCCUCGGCCAUGGAAGAAGAUCACGAGCAUGAGGCUGUUGAGAAAUGUUUUAAUGGCGAGGAUCUUCUGACCGUGUUUGGGGUGGACCAUGAGGCUGGAGUAACCAGAGCACAGUUUACUGACCUGUGUCCAGCAUUAAUACAGCAACAGAUCACUGGGGCCUGCAGCGGGAGUCCUGCCAACACCACCAAGGCCAACACCAAGGCCUCCAGCACUGCAGAAAUGUAUGGGUACGGGAGUCUUGCAGUGUUCAUCAUUUCUCUCCUUGCUAUUGGUGGAGUGUUCCUGAUCCCGUGCAUGGGGCAUACAGCUUACCAGUAUGUGAUGGAGACAUUCAUAGCACUGGCUGUGGGGACCAUGGCAGGAGAUGCUUUACUCCAUCUUAUUCCACAGUCACUGGGACUUCAUGGACAUGAUGCCGAGGCGGAGCAGGGUCACAACCACUCUGAUAUCAACAAUAUCACGGUGGACAAUUAUGUCUGGUACACGUCCACGGUACUCCUAGCUCUGUAUGCAUUCUUCCUGUUAGAGACUGUGAUGGGAAUGCUUGGAGGAGGACAUAAUCAUUCACAUAUGGGACCAGAUAAGAAACCAGAAAUAGUCCACAAGGAACCAGUGGAAGCAGAUUUUGCCCAUACUGAUGAAGUGAUUCGCAGAAGUUUUCGUCGCAAGAAGAACAAGGAAUUGAAACAAUCAACGUCUGUCAUUGAAUUUGCUGACAAAGAGGGUAAACUUAAGGUUCCAUCAGUAAGAGUCACAGACGAGAAUGGUUUUGCUGACAAGAUGGAGAAUGGUGUAGAAAACGGACACGCUGUAAGUCUCCCAGAUGUCAAGGUCACAACAGAGGAGCCAGAGGCGACCAGUCCGCCCAGGAGGCUGAGCAUCACCAAGGAGAUAGAUGAGGAAGAGGAGGAGAAUGUAGCCUGUUAUAAAAAAAUCAAAACUGUUGUCUGGAUGACAUUGAUUGGCGAUACAAUCCACAAUAUGGCGGAUGGCAUGGCAGUGGGAGCCGCCUUUGCUGCCAGUGUAAGCUCUGGUAUCGCUACGGCAAUAGCAGUAUUUUUUCACGAGCUUCCCCAUGAACUCGGUGAUUUUGCCAUCCUCCUGACUGGGGGUUUCAACUUCAAGCAAGCCGUUCUGUGCAAUUUUCUCUCAGCUCUGGCCUCUUUCAUUGGCCUCUUUAUCGGUAUUGCCAUAGCAAUAGAUGGUGCCACAAGAUCUUGGAUCUUUGCCAUCACAGCUGGGAUGUUCCUGUACAUCUCCUUGGUUGACAUGCUUCCUGAACUGAUCAACAUGAAAGCCCCUGGCAACAAGUGCAUCAGUUUCCUGCUGCAGAACCUGGGGAUUUUGUUUGGCUUUGGCACCAUGCUCUGUCUCUCCGUCUUUGAAGACUACAUACAAGUAUAGAGUACACAGAAAAAUCUGCCUAAGAAUGAUUUGCAAUUUCAAGACAACACAGAAGAAAGUGGUUUUAUUGAAUGGAAAAUAAGCAAGCAGAUGCAAUACUAAAAUAAACUAAAAUAUGGAUGAUUUAAGAGGCAUCAGUGUUAGAAGUGUCUGCAAAUUAGAUUAUUUUUGAAUGACAUCGUGUUAUGUGCCCAUUUUAAUGUUAAAACAUUCCUUUGUUCAAAAUACAUUGAAGUACAUAUUUUUUUGUGUUUGUUGCAAUUGUUCUAAAAUUCUUUGCAAACGUUUUCCAUACACUGGAUGUAAAAGUACUUAGGAAUAAACCUCUGUCUAAGGAUCAACUUCAAUUCCUAUCACAUUGUAAGCACUAUAUUGUUUUGUAGUACUUAAUGUAACAUAAUCAUAUUUUAAGUUAAUUGACUAAUGUGGUGUAAAUAUGUUGACAAAGGAGUAAAACAACCAAGCACUGCUUGGUUUUCACAUAAAUAGAUAAUUUAUAUAUGUAUGGUUGAUUGCAGAUUCCAAUUUUCUGGGAUUAAAAUGUCAUACAAUUUGGUGAUUGAACUUCAGCUAUAAGGAGGGGGGGGGGGUGUUUGCGUUGGUAGCUAGCACCUUAUGCUUGGCUGUAGACUCUAAUUUAAAGAAUAAGGUGAGAUGCAUUUAGUUCAAGCACUGUAACAAAGCAGGAGAGAAAGUCCAGUAUUUCCAAUUAGUAAUUUCACCAGUUUCAAAUGUCAUUGAGCAUAUACAUUGGGGUAUAUGCAGAAAGGAUCCUCAAAUUCUGUGAUUGAUGAAGAAGUUGUUGUUGACUGUGACGUGAAAAAUUGACCGAGCUCCUACUUGCCAUUUCCCAUUGGGUUGCCUGUAAUUUCUUGAUGUCUCGUUUGCCAGCAAGCCGAGUCAGGUUCAUGGUGCUCAUGACAUCAUAUGCCAUAUCCUUAUACGUCAGCAAAUAAUGUACCAGAUUGGGUUAUAGUGAUAUCUUGCCAGAGAUCCUGUAAUCUAGACAAUAUUUUAUUAUAUCAGUGAAGAUACGAUGUGUAAAGUGUGAUUUGCAUACAUUUUUAUCAUCACUAGUUGCUUGGCAAUAAUCAGUAUCUGUGUUAUGAAAUUUUAAGUAUUGAAAUCCAGCAUAUUGUUUUAAGACAAUAGAAAUAUUUUUGUGGAAAAUUUCACGGUUUUUAAACAUGAAUGUACACAGUGCUACUGUGCUGCAUUUGUUUUGUGAGAUUUUUACUGGCAUUUUUAUAAACAUUGAAAUGUUUUGAGUAUCCAAGAUGGCCUGGUUAGUUUUUAACCUCUUCAGGCUCUGCAGUGGUUAUGCUAUAAUUAUUGUUACAACUUUGUAUGAGAAAUAUUAAUGAUUUUUUAAUAAUACACUUUAAAAUGGAAACAUUUUGAGAAAUAAACAUUUUGGUAAGUAAAUUUUAAACUAAAAGGAGCAUUGCAAUAUGUAUAAAAGAGAGAGAUAUUCAGUUUCUUUUGGUUUACAGAUAUUUUAACAUGUAUCAUUGUAUGGAAGGAUUUACAUGUUAGAACUGAUGAUGAUUUUAACUUGGAUUUCAUAUUGUUUCACAGUGUUGAUAGGGUUGUGUGGAGGUAUUAAGUGUCAGUGAUUGUACCUUGCAUUCCGUGUCUCAUUUUAUACACUAGUACAAACAAUUAAGUACCAGCACAUAAAGAUGAACGAUAAUUACUUAAUUAAUUAAAACUAAUUUGAUAUAUACUGUUUUUCAAAAAAAUGUUUUGGUAAUAUAUGUACAAGGGGAGUGAAGUAGUCCAGUCUGUUCACUGGGCUGUUACUGUUACCAUAGUGAUGUAACCAGUUACCAUAGUGAUAUAACCAGUUACCAAUGAUCUGGCCAUCAGAGGUUUAAAUGGUCAAUUCACUGAGCUGUGUAACCCUGUGGUAGUUAGUUACAUCACUGAGGUAAACAGUCUUACCUUAUUUGUAAUGUUCUACAAGAGAAAGCAUUGUUUAGACAACAAUUCAUAUUUUCAAAUGAUCUGAUAGUUUUUAUGAACACAUCUGAAACAUUCCAAUAAAGAAAUCUCUUCUGGA